AUGGGUAUGGAAAUGGGAUGUGGAAUAAUGGCAAUUUUCCGGGAGGUAACUGGAACGGACCAAACUCCAAUGGUAGACAAUUUUAGUAACACAAAAAUUCCAGAAGUUGUUUUCAGGAUGUGGUGGUUCUGGGCCGCAAGGACCUCCUCCAGAUGAUAGUAUAAAGGGCAGCGUCGGAACGAAAUCCGAAGAGAAGCAGCCGGAUGGAAAUCAGACAAAUGGACAGCAGGGGCAAGGUUUGUGUUUUUUUUUCCGUUUUCAAAAACAAAAAUUGAAUUUACUCACCCCUAAUGCUACCUUCCUGUUUUUUUCAAGACACUGAUGUUUGUUCCAGGUGGCCAAGGCGGGUACUCUGGUCCCAGUGGGUACGGAGAAAAUGGACCGAAUAUGAAUAGUUACAAUAGCAACAAUGGUCCAAUGCCCUUCAACGGUGGGAAUAUGAACGGAAAUGGUAAUGGAAACGUGGAUGACGGCAUCAAAGGAAGCAUCGGAGGUGCUGUGGAGCCGACGAGAGCACCGUAUCCACCAAAUGGAUAUGGAGGCUAUGGAAACGGAAACGGAAACCGUCCGGGGUACGGGAACAAUAACGGUUACGGAGGCAAUCAAGGAUUUGGUUUUAAUCGAAUGGCCGGGGGAUACGGAAACAACUUCGGUCGGCCGAUUCUUCCGCGCGGCGAACGCUUUGUCCAUGGCAGACGUACUUGGAGAUACUAAAUAUGGUUUUGUUCCAUUCUCUCCACGCAACACGGUCCUCCAGAGAUGGAAAGUGGUCUUGGCCUCAGAAACGAAAAAAUUUAAGCUAUUUUGGUCCCGAAAAGAAACAUUUUUUGGAAAUUUUAAUUUUUCGAAAUCUCCAAAUCCAUGUAACUCAUUCAGUUUCUAACGAAUUGUAACUGUUCGUGGAUCAAAAUAUGCGGGAUAAUUUUGUUUAUAACUCCCAACUUUGGUUUUUUUUAACAAAAUUCUUCUUUUAAGCCACUUUUCGCAGAAAACCAGAAAAAAGCAUUAUGGUAAUUUAAAUUUCCACCGAGUUGCGACUUCGCUACCGAGGCCACGCCCCUUUCCAUCUUUGAGCAAAUAUUAUUGUUGUUCUUUGUAAAAAUGCUUUCUGUAUAUUCUUUCCGUCACGAAAUUCUCUGUCUUUAACUGACAUUCUAUGAAUCUUACUUACCCUUUUUCUCUACCGCCUACUCUUUAGCAAUCAUCUGUACAAAACAAAAAUAGUACGAACGAGACUUGCUCAUAAAGGGGGCGGGUACCGUACAAUAAUUCGCACCAAGGCCACUAUGAAGAAAAUGUCACUACGCCUCCGCAGUAGCAUUCGUCGCAGUGUGCGUCAGAUGGGCCAGCAGUCAGACGACGCGUUAACUACUGAGAAGGCACCGUCUUCCCUUCAUUCAGUCGAAGACGAUGUCGUGGAGGAUGAUGUUGCUAGUGAGGCCGUUGCAGAAACUAGCGAGCCGAGUGAUAGCAUUUCUGAUAUUUUGUCUGACGACGCGCUACCCGUAACCGAGGGACUUACUGCCCGAUCAGGUUAGUUCUCAGUCCAGGUUCUUCAAAAUCGAGAAAGGCGUCCAAAAAGGCGCACACUCCUGCGAAUACAUAAAAAAAUUCUUUUUUUCAGAAAAAUGUUAAAAGAAAGAAAGCGGAGUGGCACGUGUUAAUAACUGGCGGAGCGGGACAUCUUGCAGAACAGUUAGUGUUCGCGCUUAUCCAACAAGUCAGAGAAGAUGUUCGUCCGAGAGUCGCGGCCACAAUGGAAAGCAAAGUAGAGACUGAGGAAAUCGAGGAAAUUAGUUUGUCUGAAAAAAGUAUCGAUGAAAUGAUUGAUGAUGAAAUCACUGCACGUCUACAUAGUUUCAUUCGGAUUGUUCUUGUAGACCUCAUCUGUCCAGACAUGACCCGAUUCAAUGAGUGUGUCUCGUUCAUCAAAGUGAGUUAUAACAGAAAUUGAACCAUACCCCAUUGCUUUAAGGGUUCUUUUCGAUGACAAAGGAGUUAUGCAGAGUGCUUUGGAAUACGUUGACACUGUAUUCCAUUUGGCCGCCGUUGGAAUGACUGGACAAUAUGCGGUACCUUGAGUUUGACGUACUACGAUAAGUGAAAUAUUGCAGCAUAACCGCAAGGCAUGCAUGGAUAUCAAUGCAAUUGGAACUAUGAAUCUUCUCGACUGGAGCAAACAGUUUGGAGUCAAGCGCUUCAUUUAUACUUCAUCUAUUGGAGUUAUCUUCCAAGGAGAACCACUUGAGAACGCUGAUGAAAAACGUGCCUUAUCCUCUCUUUGUUGGUUUUUUUGCUUGGAACGUUUCAAUCCUAUCAUUUUACCUGUUCAGUUCUAUAAUUACUAUUGUGAAUCGAAAGCGCACGCCGAACGCAUCGUUAGACAAGCUUCGUCGGAAAGAAUGAAGUGCUCCGUUUUUGCGUUUCAAUGGAAUAUACGGACCCGGGGAGAAGAGAGUUACCGAAAGAGUUAAGGUAUGAAGCAUGUGCUUAAUGUGGCUUUGAUCGAAAAAACAUUUACAGAACUUUAUGAUAUCGGGUUGGUGGAUUGCUUGCUGUAAGCCCGAUGGCGUAGAAGCGCAGACACAGCUUUCGUCCGUAGACAACUGUGUUCACGGACUUUUGCGAGCCGAGAUAACAUUGCGCAACUGUGACGCACCACAUGCGCAGGUACUCUAUUCAAAAAAGAUUGUUCUCAACAUUUGACGUAUGUUUUCAGAUUUACAAUAUCAUGGACCCAGAGCCUGUUGGAACGUUUUCGUUUUGGUCUCCACUGAAUGAAGCGCUGGGAUUUUCAUGUUUUUUGGUCGACAUACCAUCUCACGUACUACGCUCUUGUGGUUAUGUCUCACAAGUCAUUUCAAAUAUUCUAAGAAUUGAUCCCAUUGUGUCGCUCUUGGAAGUGGACUUAUUGCUGACGAACAACACAUUUAACAUCAACAAAGCCCGUCGUGACCUUGGAUACAAUCCUCAUCCUGAUUCGAUGCCAGACGUAAGUGUCUCUAACUCAAUUAACAUAGUGUUCCGGGUUUUCAGAUAAUCUACAAAUACACAAGUGAACUAACCCCGGAGGGACUCGAAAAACAACACAAAAAGAACGUCGUUAUCAAAUGGAUAGUAUUCGUUUCUGUUGUUCUUUUUCACUGUGCUGCUAGUCCAAAUACUGAAACUAAUUCUAACCGCAUUGAAUUUCCUUUCCUCUAAACGUCACACCUAUGCUUGAAAUUACCAUUUCCUCAUUUUCCAAUAUUAAUAGCUUUGUAGUGUAAAUGCAAAAUGACGAACAGUAAAUUAUGCAAAUAAAGAAUUUCUGACCAGCCUUUCCAGGCACAAAGUUCGUAGGUCUCAGAUCAAACUGUUAUCUGUGGUUUCUAUGAAAAUCGGUGAUCUUUCGAUGUGGCCACACCCUUAAGAGCAUUUCCGCAGUUAGCACUAUAAAAGCUGGAAACAUGGCAUAGCCCCUAUCGGCUACACUCAGUUCUCGGUACUCUUUUCUUAUUUCAGGUGUUUAAGGCAUGACGUCGCUUGUGCUGUUAAUCAUUUCGGCGAUAGCACUUCUGUCGGGGUACAGUUCUUUAACAAUACAACAAAAUGAUGUGUGAGAACUUUUUCAGAAUACAUGCGGACAGUUCGUUCAAAAUCGACACAACUAACCAUCAGUUUCUUCUUGACGAUCAGCCAUUCCGUUACCUUGCUGGUGAAAUUCAUUAUUUCCGAAUCCCAGCGACGAAAUGGGAAGAUCGACUGAAAAGAGUUCGGUCAAUGGGAUUGAAUGCAAUCACAGUGCCGGUUCCCUGGAACCUGCACCAAAUUGAAUACGAAUCGUGAGAAACGUGGUGAUAAGUUUGUGUUUAACCCAUCUAUUACAGCAUUCCCGAUUUCACAGGCAAUCUGGAUCUGUUCAAGUUCAUCCAAAUGGCUCAGGAUAAUGGGCUGUACACUUUAAUUCGAUUGGGUAAAACAAACAUUUCAAGUGAUUCGUUUAAAAAUCAGUUACUUUCAGGACCUUACAUUGCUGAUGAGUGGGAAAACGGGGGUCUUCCAUGGUGGUUGAUCAAGAACACACAUAUCACAAAGUACAGAAGUAGCAACUUGGCGUAAGUGUGAAUCGUUUCCACAAAUGCAUUCGGUUUGUUCUCAGAUUCAUCGCAGAAGUGUCACAAUGGUGGAACUACCUGCUACCAAAACUGGCACCUCUAAUGAGAAAGAAUGGUGGUCCAAUCUUAAUGGCACAGAUUGAGCAUUAUUAUGGGUCCACUGGUAUUUGCGAUCAGGAUUAUCUUCUACAACUCGCAAACCUGGCUAAAAAGUACUUGGGCAAUGACGUGGUUCUUUACUCUGGUUAGUGUACCUCUAAACAUUGAAAUGUUUUGUUUUUGUUGCAGUUGACAUGCCAAUGAUGCCGUUUUUGCAAUGCGGAAGAGUUCCCGGAAUACUGCCAACCAUCGAAAUGAGUCCGAACAGUGACACAAGUGCAGCGAACGGUUGGUUCCAGCAACAACAAGCUCUUGCUGCUGGUGGCCCUCGAGUUGGCUCACAAUUUCUGUUGGGUGUUUACAAACUGUGGGGCACUUCUGUGAAUGAUCCGUUUACAGAAGAUGUUAUUAUGAAAACACUUCAAGGUGAAUCAAAAACUACCAGUUUUAAAAGAAAAUUAUGAUUUGCUUUGCAGCGGGUUGGGCGCUCAACGCUAGUAUGAGUUUUCACCUGGCUCAUGGAGGAACAAACUUUGCAUUUUGGAACGGAAACAAUGCACCAUACCCCGUAACUACGUCAUAUGACUGUUUCGCGCCGAUUUCUGAAUCAGGAGACACGGCGACCAUUCUGUUGGCCAUCAGGAACUUCAUCAACAACAUUCCGGGAUGGCCCAAUCGACCAACGAGUGUUCUUGCCAACACUCCCAGGAAUAUUUACAGCGACGUGGAAAUGAAACCAACGGAUACACUUAUCGAUUUCGUAGUGUCCAUCAGUACGAAAUGCUGGCUCACUGAAUCGUUGCCGUUGACUGCUGAAGACAUGAACCAAGGAUAUGGAUUUUUGUACUAUCAAACUGUAAGACAAUUUUAUCACCAAUUAAGUAAACACAGAAAAGCUUCAGAAUAUCACGUGCUGUGGAAGACUGAACAUCUCAAAGUACGCAGAUGACGCCUACGUUUACUUGAAUGGAAACUUUGUGGUACAUACAACGUUAGAUCUUGCUAGUAUUCAAAGUGAUAAUGUUGAGCCAGUUUUGGUAGCAGGUAGUUCCACCAUUGUGACACUUCUGCGAUGA